AUGGCGCGGCAACCGCCAUCCACGCCUAGCAACGCUUCCGUCGCCUCAGCAUCCGGCUUCUCUUACUUCCACGAGGGUGGGUCGACGUCUUUCUGGGACCCUGUUGCCGCUACGACAUCCCACCGUCGUUCGCUCCAAUCUUCCUCGCCUUCUGUGGCUGCUGUUAGGGGUCAGAACACGUACCUAAUGCCGGCCAGUCCAGCCAAAGGCCGUCGCGGCAGCGCCGACUAUCGUCCCAGCAUAAAGAGGGCACUUGGGAAUGUUCCGGCAUGCCUCGUAAAUGCAUCCGUCACUUAUUGUGGCAAUGAUCAGAUCUAUGCCUUUGGAGGCUUUGACCAAUUCACUGACGAAGUCUACAAUCAUGUCCUUCGGCUUAAUUUAAGUACUCUCAUGUGGGAUCUGGUCGACAAUUAUGGAGACAUCCCCGGCGUUCGCAUGGGGCAUACGGCUUCCCUUUAUCAGGGGACCAAGUUACUCGUCUUUGGCGGUGAGAACGAACAUCGUGAAUAUCUAUCUGACAUUGUUAUUCUCGAUAUCCAAACCUCCACUUGGACGCAACCUGACGUACGAGGCCCCGUUCCUCGAGGGCGAGCGCGCCAUGCUUCCGUGAUCUACGAGGAUAAGUUAUUCGUUAUUGGAGGAGUUACCGGAGAAAGUAAUUCGAUAUUGGAUGACUUGUGUUAUCUUGACUUGAAGACUUGGACAUGGUCUCGAACGUGGAGUUUCACCCCUCGUUUCGACCAUACUGCUUGGGUCUGGGGUGGUCGGCUGUGGAUAUUUGGUGGCCUAGGUCUAGAUAUGGAGCGAACUACCGAUCUGUGGUGGCUGGACCUUAAGGGCAGCCCCUCCUUAGAGAUGUCACUUGCUCGAGGCAUCGAGGAGACACCGGGCUCGCUAAGCCGUGUUACUCCUAGCCCUGGAGGUGCCCUUAGCCCGUCACAGCAAUUGUCCAGUCGGUCAGGCGGAUAUGCAGCCAACUCAGCGAGUGUACAGAUCCGGUCCUUUGUCCGAAGGAAGCCAACUGCACCAGGAGCUAUCUCUUCGCUUCGAUUCCACUCUGGGCCUCAUGUUCCCUCUUUACUUUCUGGAACCCAUUUUCAUGCGUAUUCCUCUGGUGUACUUUUAGAUUUGAUCACGCCAUCAGAAACGGUGCGACCCUACGAUUGCAACUUGUCGUCACUUGAACUAGAUUCCUUGAGAUGGCAGACGCUUGCUGAUGGACAGGAAGUAUUCCGACCAGGGUAUCGAUGGCACUACUGCACCAUCAACGAGGAUGGCACCAAGGCUUGGCUGCUCGGGUGCAACAUUGAAAACUCUACAAAUGCUGGGGAUGACAAUCAACUAAAUGAGGUCCUCUGCCUCGACCUUGAAAAGUACGGGCUUCUUGGCAAUAACUUUUUUCCUGAAUCGUCCGAGCAGAACCGUAUUCUUGCAUCUGAACGGCAAGGAUCACCCCAACACGCUGGCCUCGGCGCUGACUUGUUAGCUGUCUUUGACCAAUCCCCAGAGACGGGUAGUGGCACCGACUUCAUUAUCACAGCCGACUGUGACGAUCAGACCGUAGAUGAAGAUACUGGUCAAAGUACUUCGCCGUCUGCAUUACAGGCUCAGCCCAGCCCAGCAUUUCUCUCGCCCACGGCAACAACUUCUGCGCCCAUUCACGUUCAUCGCAUCAUUUUACAAGCCAGAUGGCCUCACUUCAAGCGUCUGUAUUCGGCGCAGAUGGCCGAGUAUCACACAAAGAGGAUGCACAUACCGGAACCCUAUUCUGUAGUCCGCGCCUUUCUGUAUUAUUUGUAUAGCGACAGUAUUUCAGAUCACCCGGAUUAUUGCUCGAGUAUUUUCGAUGUUGCCGGCAUGCUCGUCAUGGCCAACCUUUACGAUAUGCCCAAACUACGUCUGCUUUGCGUCCACAGACUGAGUCGUGAGCUUGACGUUGAGAAUGCGGCUAUCAUUUGGGAGAGAGCUGGUAGGACCAACGAAGAUUGGCUUCGUCGUCGUGCGGCACAGUUUUGUCUUGCAAACUGGGGUCGGGUUGUUCGAACAGCAGGUUUCAAAUCAUUAAACCGGCAAAGCCUUAUCGAGCUCUGCGAGGUUGUUGAUACCGAAGGCCGAAUUGUCGCUGGACCAGAAUUAGAAAUGGUCGGUGCUCUUGGCUCUGGAACGGUGGCAUCAAAACGACCUCGGCUCACUGGAAACUCAUUAACGGAAGACAUGGAUGAGCUUGAAGGGGACGAAGAAGACGGUAUGGAGCUAUGA